AUUAUCUUAUUGUACAACUCCUCUGAAUCAGAAGGAACAAGAUGAAUGUAAGGAAUUCUCGAAUCUCUCCGAUCUGAAACGGAAAAUUUCCCCCAAAAAAUUCCCUAAAACCCUUCUUCUCUAACCCACCAACAAUGGCGAACGUAUCGGUCGCCGCCGAAUGGCAGCUCCUCUACAACCGGUACUACCGUAAGCCGGAGCUGUACCGAAUGAGAUGGAAGCACAUCGACCUCAGUCGCAACAAGGUGGCUUGCGCUCCCUUCGGUGGUCCAAUCGCGAUCAUCCGCGACGAUUCCAAGAUCGUCCAGCUCCACUCCGAAUCCGCACUCCGCAAGCUCCGCAUUUUCAACUCCGCCGGAGUCCAGCUCUCCGAGACCGUUUGGAAAAACCCCGGCGGCCGGCUCAUCGGCAUGUCCUGGACCGACGAUCAAACCCUAGCCUGUAUAGUCCAAGACGGCACCGUUUACCGCUACAACAUCCACGCCGAGCCUCUCGAGCCCAACAUCUCCAUGGGCAAAGAGUGCUUCGAGCAGAACGUCGUCGACUGCGUUUUCUGGGGGAACGGCGUCGUUUGCAUCACCGAGUCGAAUCAGCUGUUCUGCAUCCCCGAUUUCAAGAACCCUAAACCCUGCAAGCUUGCUGACCCGGGCAUUGAGGAAUUGCCGUUUUGUAUGGCGGUGAUCGAGCCUCAGUACACCAUGUCCGGCAAUGUAGAGGUGCUUCUUGGUGUUGGGGAGGCCUUUGUGGUGGCUGUGGAGGAGGAUGGUGUGCAGCAAUUGGGUGCUGAGGUUCUUCGCGGUCCCUUGCAGAAGAUGGCCGUGUCUCGGGACGGUCAGUGGCUGGCUUCGUUCACGCAUGACGGCCGUCUGUUGGUUAUGACCUCCGAUUUGCAGAAAGUGAUUAUGGAGCAAGAAUGCGAGUCGGCGCUUCCUCCAGAGCAGCUAUCAUGGUGUGGGAUGGACACAGUGUUGCUGUAUUGGGAUGAUAUGCUGUUGAUGAUGGGGCCUAGAGGAGAUCCGGUUCGCUACCUUUAUGAUGAACCCAUAAUCCUUAUUCCCGAGUGUGAUGGAGUCAGGAUAUUGUCUAAUUCAAGCAUGGAGUUUCUGCAACGGGUUCCUGAUUCCACAGAGUCCAUCUUUAAGAUUGGAAGCACAUCACCUGCAGCUUUACUGUAUGAUGCCUUGGACCAUUUUGACAGACGUAGUGCGAAGGCAGAUGAGAAUUUGAGAUUGAUACGGUCGUCCUUGCCUGAGGCUGUUGAAUCAUGUAUUGAUGCUGCAGGUCAUGAGUUCGAUGUUUUACGUCAACGAACACUGCUAAGAGCUGCGAGCUAUGGCCAAGCUUUUUGCAGCAAUUUUCAACGUGAUCGUAUUCAAGAGAUGUGUAAAAUUCUUCGGGUCUUAAAUGCUGUUCGCAGCCAUGAGAUUGGCAUCUCUCUUAGUAUACAACAAUAUAAGCUUCUUACACCAUCUGUUCUGGUUGGUCGUUUGAUUAAUGCCCAUCAACACCUUCUUGCAUUACGAAUAUCAGAGUACCUUGGGAUGAAUCAAGAGGUGGUGAUAAUGCACUGGUCUUGUUCAAAAAUAACAGCUUCAUUGGCAAUUCCUGAUGCCAUUCUUCUUGAAAUCUUACUUGAUAAGUUGAAAUUAUGCAAAGGGAUAUCAUAUGCAGCAGUUGCUGCUCAUGCUGACAAAAAUGGCCGCCGGAAGUUAGCUGCAAUGCUUGUUGAACAUGAACCACGUUCCUCCAAACAGGUCCCUCUUUUGUUGAGCAUAGGAGAAGAGGAUACAGCUUUGAUGAAGGCAACUGAAAGUGGUGAUACUGACCUUGUCUAUCUUGUUUUAUUUCAUAUCUGGCAAAAGAGGCAACCAUUGGAAUUUUUUGGAAUGAUACAGCCAAGAAACCUGGCACGGGAUUUGUUUGUAGCUUAUGCAAGGUGCUAUAAGCACGAAUUCUUGAAGGACUAUUUCCUAUCAAAUGGACAACUUCAAGAGGUGGCUUUUCUUUUAUGGAAGGAAUCAUGGGAGCUUGGAAAAAAUCCAAUGGCAAGUAAAGGAUCUCCACUCCAUGGUCCACGCAUAAAACUGAUUGAAAAAGCGCAAAACCUUUUCUCAGAAACUAAGGAACACACCUUUGAGUCAAAGGCUGCUGAGGAGCAUGCUAAACUGUUAAGAAUACAGCAUGAAUUAGAAGUGACCACAAAGCAAGCCAUUUUUGUUGAUUCAAGUAUCAGUGAUACGAUUCGGACUUGUAUUGUCUUGGGAAAUCAUCGAGCUGCAAUGAAAGUGAAAACGGAAUUCAAGGUUUCUGAGAAGAGAUGGUAUUGGCUUAAAGUUUUUGCUUUGGCUACAAUCAGAGAUUGGGAUGCUCUGGAAAAGUUUUCAAAGGAGAAGAGGCCACCAAUUGGUUAUCGGCCAUUUGUGGAAGCAUGCAUUGAUGCUGAUGAAAAAGGGGAAGCUCUAAAAUACAUCCCUAAACUUGCAGAUCCUCGAGAGAGAGCAGAGUCCUAUGCUCGGAUUGGCAUGGUCAAGGAAGCUGCUGAUGCUGCUUCUCAGGCUAAAGAUGGUGAAUUGCUGGGUCGACUAAAAUUAACCUUUUCACAAAAUGCUGCAGCUUCAUCAAUCUUUGACACUCUUCGAGAUCGACUAUCGUUUCAAGGAGUAUCGUAGUCACGCCUAUGUUUUUAUUUAUUAUCAGUCUCCUUUCUACUUUGCCUGUAUGCAUGGUGUGCAUAUUCUUCUCCAUAUGUUGUAUAUUACAGGAUGAAUGUAAACACACGUGUUUCAGAGGAAUUUUUGUGUGCAUAUUUGAUACUCAAUGACUGGCUAUCAGUUCUUUGCAGCCCAUGACUGAUUAGUUUGUUGCUAAUGUUUCAUAUAUAUAUAUAUAUAUAUUUUUUUUU